UUCACUUUGCCCAUGAAGGAUUUCAUGUCCAAGGUCAUUUCCUCAGUUAGUGACCAUGUUGGUUUGUAGAAAGCAGACUGGUUCCUGUUUGUGAGUACUUGGCCCAAGCAGUUGAGAGUCUUCGGCCGACAAGUGGAAUUCUGUUUCAUCCCGCCAGCGGGUGAAGCAAUCCAGCCAGAUCAGGUACCCACGACAUGAUGGGUGCGGAUGGCGAUCAGAAUCAUGGCAACCGUGAGAAUUCGUGGCUGCACAUCAAGGAGGAGAUCAAGGAGGAAAUACAGCAGGACCAGAUCGGUCCCUUGAGUGUUGCGACUACCACUGCUGAGGACGAGAUCAAGCAGCAGGUCAAAGAGGAGGUGGAAGAGAAGGUGGAGUUGGGCCAAGAUUCAGUCGAGCCCGCCACCACUCCUACAACCAAGCGCCGCCGCCUGACUCGAAGGAACAUGCAGGGGAAAAGAGCAGCCACAAUUGCCACAGAGACUCUCGCUCGGGCUUCUAUCAAGAAGGAAAAACCUGAUGAUGAUGAUGUUCUAGUCAAGCAAGAGGAGAGUGAUGACCAAGACGCCCAUGCCCUGUGGCUUCAAGUGAAGAAGGAGAUUAAGGAGGAGAUGCAUCAGGAGCAGAUUGGUUGCUUGGGUGUUGGCACCACCAUCGCUGGACAUGAGGUCAAGCAGGAAGUUAAAGAUGAGGUUGAAGAUAAAGUCGACGCAGCCAGUCAUCCAGUGGGUCUAGCCAUCACUCCCAGAGCCAAACGUCGCCGCCUGACUCGAUGGAACAUGCAAGAGAAGCCAGCCGACACACGUACAGUGACUCAGGUUUGCAUCAAGAAGGAGAAACCUGAUGAUGCUCAAGUCAAGCAAGAGGAAAGUGAUGGCCAAGACACCCAUGCCUUGUGGCUGCAAGUGAAGCAGGCGGUCAAAGAGGAGAUGCAGCAGGACCAGAUUGGUUGCUUGGGUGUUGGCACUGAGGUGAAAGAGGAGGUUGAAGAGAAAGUUGACACACGCAGUGAUCCAGUGGGGCCAGCAAUCACUUCAACUCCACCAAGCAAGAAGCGCCACUUAGCACGCAAGGAGACGAAGAUCAAGAAGGAGAAAGGUGAUGACCGAGAAGCUCCUCAGGACCAGCCUGAUGAAAGCGAGAUUAAAGAGGAGUUGGGCAAGAAGGAUUCAACGGCUGACAGCAUAAAGAUCAAGGAGGAGCAUAUAGUGGAUGCAAGUUCCAUCCUUCCUCCAUCGAAGGAGGAGGGAGCGAGUGCUGAUGAUGCCUCCUUGGAUACUUUUGCCGCAGCAGCAGCUACUUGGGCACAGCAGUGCCUCGCAUUCCGAAAGACCAAGACGUGGACGCCGACCAGGCCAUGUUGUCCUGCCAACUUCUUCGUCGGCCCGGUGGAUGGCAUGCCAACAGCUCCCCCAGAAGAUGCUCCAGCAUGCGUGCAGCGGUUGUCUGCCUACCGUUUGCGGUGCCUUCGGCGAUUCCACCUCAAGCAUGAUCCCCAAACGCUGCUCGCGGAGGAGGUGCAGGUAGAGUCCCCGAUGCGGCUUGCUUCACCCAAAAAAGACCGGGCACUAUCACCUGAAGAGCUGCUACUGGCAGAAAAGGACAUAAAGGUCCGUGGUUUGGACCUUAUGAAGAUGUGGCCGUGGAUGAGGGACCUCCCAACUUGUUUGUGGGCUGGUCGUGGCUGGGCCUUCGAUGAGAAUGGUCUACGGCGCUUGUCCACAAGCGGCGGCAGCGGUGCCAUGGAAGGUGUCGAAGUUUGGGACUCAGUUGGCCAAGCACCCGAAGAGGUGAAGCCAAUGGAAGAGAUCGUCAAAGAAGCCACGGCUGCAGCCACGGCAGGUAGCUCUUCAGAAGUCCCUGCGACAUCAGAGAAACCAACUCGCUUCCAGAGGCACAACUCGGGGAAGCAGAGUGGGGUUCCAAAUCUGAAGUGGAGCAAGAGUUGCUGGGCCUGGCAGGUCAGCUUCCCAACCUUUGACGAGAAGGGUAAGAGAACUGGCCACACAGGUCGGAUGUUCUCCCUCAGCAAGUUCAUGAAGGAGGGCCUCACCGAGGACGAAGCCGAUGCCGCCGCGCUGGAGGCGGCCAAGGCCUUCCGGGCCGAGCUGGUGAAGCAGGGCGUUCUCAAGGAGCCGAAGCCCGUGGAUCCCAACUUCACCAGCGAGGUGCCGGGGGUGAACUGGAACAAGAGGGACAAAAAGUGGCAAGUGCAGCUCGGAGCAAAAGGGAAGAAGAGGAUUGGAGGCGGCUGCUUCACCGACAAGGCCGCCGCCGAGUCCAAGGCCUUGGAGCUCGCGAAGCUGCACGGCUUGGACCGCAAGGUGACGGCUGUGGGGAGCAUCGCAGACAGACUGGCAGGGCUGCCGGUCUUCGAGGCGAAGGUGCCCUACCCCGGGGUGACCUGGGACCAAGGCGAGCAGCAGUGGCAUGCCCAGUGCCAAAUCAACGGCAAAACGCGGCAUUUUCGUGUGAAGCCAAAGGACCACAGCGAGGCCGAGCUCGAGGCGUCCCACAAGAAGGCCGUGGCCUGGAAGAAGAAGCAGGAGAAGGAGAAGGAGAAAGCCGCCAAAUAGUGAUCUACUAUGAUUUACCGAUUUCCCUUUCACCUAUGCCAGCCAACUUUUAAGAACCUGAAAGUCUUUUUCAGACAGAUCAGGCACGAGACAAAGACCAAAGUGAUGCAAGAAGUGCGAAACAAGCUGACGGGUGGUGAAGAGGGAAACUGGUGAGGACGUCCUGCGAAAUGAG